GUAUGGGUCCCAUCUUGACCAGCACACAAUGAUGAACAAUCCUGCCGCUUCCUAACUAGUGCCAUCACAUGUUGACACAGCAGUUGCACUUAACUUUUGCACGUCUUCGCAAGCCCCUCCUUCAUACCCUGCAUUUAAAGGGUGUGUAGUGAGUGCCACAGGAGCAGAGGUCAAUCGGGGCACAGAGGAGGGGAGUUUCCCUCUAGUCAGGGGAUUAGAGAAGGCUUUCCGUGAAUCCUAAAAGAUAGAAUUUAGCUAGAAGAAAGAAAGAAAGCUUCCUCUAGGCAGAAUCAGCAGUACAAGGGAAAGCCUGUAUAAUAACAGGUCAGGCAAGGGGCCAAAAGGCAAUCAGCAAGCCGAAUAAGGAGAAUUGUGAGAGCUCAGACUCUAAAGCAGUACGGCAAGACCACUACAGAGGGUGAAAUUAGUUUAGUAUAGUUGAAGAGUGAACGGCUUUAAGCUGGGAAAUGACUAGCUUGUAUCUGGGGAUUUCUGCCUGAAGAAGGCAAAGCGGUUGCACACUAAGAGAAUCUCCAACACCGGAUGGAAGACUGACUUGAAGUCAUAGACUAGAAUUCAGUAAGAUGGGUCAUGUUAAAUUCGACAACCAAUAUGGAAGUGAAGUGGAUGAAGAGAAUUGCUUUCACAUGGUGGGGUAACUCCCUCAGGUGAACUAAUAUCUUCAAUCAAGGCAACAACUGUUUCAUCAGACAAGGUGUGGGAAGCCGGUACAGAGCCAAGUACAGCUGAAAGGCCGUGACCUCCUCACCCUGAAGGACUUCACCGGAGAAGAGAUUCAGUACAUGCUAUGGCUAUCUGCAGAUCUGAAAUUCCGGAUAAAGCACAAAGGGGAGUAUUUGCCUUUGUUGCAAGGGAAAUCCUUAGGAAUGAUUUUUGAGAAAAGAAGUACUCGAACAAGACUGUCCACAGAAACAGGUUUUGCUCUUCUGGGAGGACACCCUUGUUUUCUUACCACACAAGACAUUCAUUUGGGGGUGAACGAAAGUCUCACGGACACAGCUCGUGUGUUAUCUAGCAUGACAGACGCAGUGUUAGCUCGAGUGUAUAAACAAUCAGAUCUGGACACCCUGGCUAAGGAAGCAUCCAUCCCAAUUGUCAAUGGACUCUCAGACUUGUAUCAUCCUAUCCAGAUCCUGGCUGAUUACCUCACACUCCAGGAACACUAUGGCUCUCUCAAAGGCCUCACCCUCAGUUGGAUAGGGGAUGGAAACAACAUUCUGCACUCCAUCAUGAUGAGUGCUGCAAAAUUCGGGAUGCACCUUCAAGCAGCUACUCCAAAGGGUUAUGAGCCAGAUCCUAAUAUAGUCAAGGUGGCAGAGCAGUAUGCCAAGGAGAAUGGUACCAAGCUGUCAAUGACAAAUGAUCCAUUGGAAGCAGCACGUGGAGGCAAUGUACUAAUUACAGACACUUGGAUAAGUAUGGGACAAGAGGAGGAGAAGAAAAAGCGUCUUCAGGCUUUCCAGGGUUACCAGGUUACAAUGAAGACUGCUAAAGUUGCAGCAUCUGACUGGACAUUUUUACACUGCUUGCCUAGAAAGCCAGAAGAAGUGGAUGAUGAAGUGUUUUAUUCUCCACGGUCAUUAGUGUUCCCAGAGGCAGAAAAUAGAAAGUGGACAAUCAUGGCUGUCAUGGUAUCCCUGCUGACAGACUACUCACCUGUGCUCCAGAAGCCAAAGUUUUGAUGCUGUGAUGCAUGCCAAGAGAAAAACAAUGUUCUUUAGGAACAGAAUAAAUCAGUUUAUGGGAAAAGAGAAGAAUUUAAAAUGUAACAAAUCCCUAAUACAUGAUAUGAGUAAUAUAUGUUAUUGCUUUGUUAUUGUGAGACUUUCUUGAAGCUUCUAGUUUAAAUGCCAAGGCACUUUAAUAUCUUGCUUGACUGGGUUUAAACUCACUCUUCAAUUGACAAUUUCUGAAUUACAUUUAGGUAUCAUAUUAAUUAUCAUACACAUUUCCUUCUAUUAAACAUAAAUCACUAUGCUUACAGUGCAUAAUGUCUAACUCAUUAAAUGUAAUCUAUCCUUAUUACCUUAAUAAAUGAUCAUUCAUGCUCAUUUAUAAAUAAACAUUUGCCAGGCAGGCAA